GCGCUCAUAUAAGCGCCCAACCAUUUCCAUGCCAGCGCGCAAGGGGUUGCUUGCACCCCAAAAUACUUUCUUGGAUACGAUUGCAACACGGUUCGAUGGCACGCACUCGAACUUUGUGCUUGGCAAUGCGCAGGCAAAUGGCAAUCCAAUUGUUUAUUGCUCGGAUGGGUUCGUGGAUUUGACAGGAUAUUCACGCGCUCAAAUUAUGCAAAAGGGCUGCUCCUGCCAUUUUCUCUACGGACCGGAUACGAAGGAUGAGCACAAACAGCAAAUUGAGAAAAGCCUCUCAAAUAAAACGGAACUAAAGUUGGAGGUUAUUUUCUACAAAAAGGAAGGUGCUCCAUUUUGGUGUCUCUUCGAUAUUGUGCCCAUUAAAAAUGAGAAGCGCGAUGUUGUCCUGUUCUUGGCAUCGCACAAGGACAUUACGCAUACGAAAAUGCUGGAGAUGAAUGUGAACGAGGAAUGUGAUAGCGUUUUUGCCCUUACAGCUGCACUGUUGGGAGCGCGAUUUCGCGCCGGUUCCAAUGCUGGUAUGCUUGGAUUGGGCGGCUUGCCUGGCUUGGGUGGCGCUGCGGCUGGGGACAGUGAUGCGGAGGGUGGUGAAGGAAAUAAUUUGGAUGUACCUGCUGGCUGUAACAUGGGGCGACGGCGAAGUCGAGCGGUUCUGUAUCAGUUAUCCGGUCAUUACAAGCCCGAAAAGGGCGGUGUCAAAACCAAAUUGAAGCUGGGCAAUAACUUCAUGCAUUCGACCGAGGCUCCAUUUCCUGAAUACAAAACGCAAUCGAUAAAAAAGUCACGCUUGAUUUUGCCCCAUUAUGGCGUUUUUAAAGGCAUCUGGGACUGGAUAAUACUGGUAGCGACAUUCUAUGUGGCUCUUAUGGUGCCCUAUAACGCGGCCUUUGCCAAAGCGGAUCGUCAGACGAUGGUCUCCGAUGUGAUUGUGGAGGCUCUAUUCAUUGUUGAUAUUUUGUUGAAUUUUCGCACGACCUUUGUCUCGCGCAAAGGUGAAGUUGUCUCCAAUUCCAAACAGAUUGCAAUCAAUUAUUUUCGUGGCUGGUUUGCUCUUGAUUUAUUAGCAGCUUUACCCUUUGAUCAUCUGUAUGCUUCUGACUUGUACGAUGGCGAGGAAUCACACAUUCAUCUUGUCAAAUUGACGCGUUUGUUGCGCCUGGCGCGGCUGCUGCAAAAAAUUGAUCGAUACUCUCAGCACACGGCCAUGAUUUUGACGCUUCUGAUGUUUUCAUUUACGUUGGCGGCCCACUGGCUGGCCUGCAUUUGGUACAUCAUAGCGGUAAAGGAGUACGAAUGGUUUCCCGAGAGCAACAUCGGUUGGCUGCAGUUGCUUGCCGAACGUAAGAAUGUCACCGUGGGGAUGUUGACAACGGCUGAGACUUAUUCUACGGCGCUAUAUUUUACCUUUACGAGUCUGACAUCGGUGGGUUUUGGCAAUGUCUCGGCGAAUACAACGGCUGAGAAAGUGUUUACUAUAAUUAUGAUGUUGAUUGGUGCGCUCAUGCAUGCCGUUGUUUUCGGUAACGUGACGGCCAUAAUACAACGCAUGUAUUCACGACGUUCGCUCUAUGAGAGCAAGUGGCGUGACUUAAAGGAUUUCGUUGCAUUGCAUAACAUGCCCAAAGAGCUGAAACAACGCAUCGAAGAUUACUUUCAAACUUCAUGGUCACUCAGUCAUGGCAUUGACAUUUACGAGACGCUGCGCGAAUUUCCCGAGGAGCUGCGAGGCGACGUCUCCAUGCAUCUACAUCGUGAAAUAUUACAGUUACCCAUAUUCGAGGCGGCCUCACAGGGCUGCCUGAAACUGCUCUCCUUGCACAUCAAGACAAACUUUUGCGCGCCCGGCGAAUAUCUAAUACACAAAGGCGAUGCGCUCAACUAUAUUUAUUAUCUGUGCAACGGUUCCAUGGAAGUUAUCAAGGACGAUAUGGUUGUGGCCAUUUUGGGUAAAGGUGAUCUGGUUGGCUCCGACAUAAAUGUGCAUCUGGUUGCCACCAGCAAUGGACAAAUGACGGCCACAACAAACAGCGCAGGACAGGAUGUUGUGGUGAGGAGCAGUAGUGACAUAAAGGCACUCACCUACUGCGACUUGAAGUGCAUCCACAUGGGCGGUCUGGUGGAAGUGCUGCGCUUGUAUCCGGAAUAUCAGCAGCAGUUUGCCAACGACAUUCAACACGAUUUGACCUUUAAUCUGCGCGAAGGCUACGAGAACCAGGACUCAGACAUUGGACCAUCAUUUCCGUUGCCCAGCAUUAGUGAGGACGAUGAAAACCGUGAAGAAGCUGAGGGUAGUGAGGUGGACAAAGAAAUUGGCACAGCAGGCGGAGCCGCCUCAACGACAGCCUCGCCACAUCACAGCAUCAAUUCGCCCUCACCGUUGCAUGCCCGUUCCCCACUUCUCGGCAUGAAUAGCCCCCGGCACCAGCGACUGCAUCAGCGUGGACGCUUCUUGAUUACAAUGCGCGAGACUGGAGGAAAUAGGCGUCAGCGUACCUUGAAUGCCGCCAGCAGCUUGGACCGUGGUUCUUUUGAGGAGACCGAAGCCGAGGAGGACCCGGCAGCACCCACCAAGCGACCCUCACUGGAGCGUCUCGACUCGCAAGUCUCCACUUUGCAUCAGGAUGUCGCCCAACUAAGUGUUGAGGUGCGCAACGCCAUAACAGCACUGCAGGAGAUGACAUACUCGACAGCUGUAACGCCCCAAAUGUCGCAUAAAUUCGCACCCGCCCGGUCCAUACCCAACAUCAGUGGAGCGGCCGCCAUGCGCAGUGGCAUGGGCAGCGUAGACGUCGUCAACCGUGGCAUGAACGUGGGAAUGCCCGGCACGGAGGUAGCCGCAGCCAUGCAGCGCAGCUCCUCUCAUCCACCGGAGAUUUGGGGACGCGAAUUGCAUUUACCCGUUGGCGAUGUGGCGAAUAGUGCACCCAGCUCCAAGGCUGCUUCACCGGCCAGCUUUGAAACAGAAAAACGUACACGCAGCUGUCAGACGGACUUCUAUCGCAUUGAUUUUCCCACCUUUGAGCGCUUUGUGCUGGCCAAUCCGCGUCUUGUAUUGGGUCUUUUGGGCAUUGAGCCCGCCAUCAAGACCGAAAUGGAGCUGUUGCAGCAGAAGCAGACCUUACAAAUAUCACCACUGAAUACCAUAGAUGAGUGCGCUUCGCCGGCAGACCCCACGCUGUGCAGCUCCAAGGAGCAUCUGUUGGACACCCAAUCCCGAGCACGAACUUAUCCGCCAUUGGAUGAUGAGAACUCAAAUGAUUUUCGCUGGACUAUGAAACAUUCCAGCAGCCAGCAGAGCUGCUGCAAAAGCACAGACACAUUAGUGACUUUGGAUGAGCAGGCACCACCGCCACCACCAUCCACCAUAGCCGUAGACUUGAAUGCCAGCAAUUAUCCACAGCAGCAACAGCAACGCAUGCAUAAGCGGUCCCAUUUGCGUCGCAGUGGCAGUGCCAGUGGAAGCAGCGGCAGCGGCAGCGGCAGUGGAGGGCAACUACACCAUAGUAAUUCCAGCCUGUCCAGUAGCUCGAGCUCCAACUAUAUUGUUUCGCAGAGCACGGGCAAUUUGGCCACCACAUCGGCGGCAGUGCAUUGCAGUAAUAGCGGCAAUAGCAUGACGGGUAUGACGAACACGCGGCGCGCCUCUUGGAAGCUGCACCACUCACGCAGUGGGGAGUAUCGACGUUUGUCGGAAGCCACCGCCGAGUACUCGCCACCAGCCAAGACACCUGCUCCAUCCGCCAACACUUAUGGACGAGAUGAGGAGGAGAGUGUAGAGCUUUUGGGUUCGCGGCGGGGCUCACGUACAAGUGUUGGCGGUGUUAGUAGCGCAUCGCAGGCCCAAGGACAGGCCCUGAAUUUCCGCUUUUCAGCCGGCGAUGCCGACAAAUUAGAGAAGGGACUGCGUGGGCUGCCCUCCACGCGUUCGUUGCGCGAUCCCAGCCUUAAAUAA